AGCCAAGCACCCUGAGCCAAACGAGUAUCUGUCUCUAGGAAAGCCAAGCAGCCAGAUGCAGAAAUCUGAGAAUUUUCCCUUUCCAAAGUACAAUGUGAGUACAGACAGGAAGGGAAACUAUCCUUCCUGGCAAGGAAGGGGUUAAGUCCUCAGCCAUCCUAUUCUAAAGUGAUUUAUGAUGAUGGGUAGUGUUUCAAAACUCUCCCCCACCCCAAAGAGCAGCCCUCCCCUUCCCCACCGAGAGUCCACUCUCAACGUGCUGAAGUGAGAAGGAGGUGGUGUUUUGCUGAUCUGUUAAAUUCUUAGGGAAGUUUCCUUGAUUUCCAGCGGCUGCUGUUGUUUGAGUUUGGUUUGGAUCAAAACUGAGGUUGUCCUGGCAUUUCUGGGACCGAGUCCAGGCAAGAGGAAGAAGAAAAAGGAGAAGGAAAAGAGGAGGAAAAAAAAAAAAAGGUGGGGAGAAAUAAAGGGAGGAGAGAAGCGCAGGAAAAGAAAAAAGUCUUUUUCAACAUCACAUUCCUGUGUUUUCCCUCAGCCUGGAAAACAUAUUAAUACCAGUGCUUUUACGCUUGGAAACAAAGGGAGUAAGCCAGACUGUGGGGGAAAGGGUGAUAAGAAGGAUCCUGGAACUCUAAAGAGAGAAGGAGCAAGAUUCAGGACUAGCUGGGACUCCACUUCCAGGGGCGCCCUGUGUUGCCGGCACAGGGGACUGGCACACACAGACACACAAGACCGAGCAGAAACUACAGACAAAUGGAGAAGCAAAGACUUACAAGGACAGCUCCUUUCACCUCAUCCUACUUGUCAAGAAGGUGAAAAGACAGCCAGAGGAAAGAAGAAAGCAGCUCAGCCCUCAGGUCAGGACAGGCUGUGGGUCGGUGGCGCGCCUUUGGGAGCUGGAGUUGCAGCACACCCCACUUUGUACCGCUCAGCCUGCAAAGGAGAAAGAGGCUUGGGAGGAAAAGUAUUUCAUCUAGAAAACUGUCCUGGGACCACACUUCAGAUUGCCUUUUAAACCCUCUGCAUUCCAUCUCCAUGAGCCACCAUUGGAUUGCACAAUGACAUGGAGAAUGGGACUCAGUGUUACCAUGCUGCUGGCAAUGUGGCUGGUGUGCGGAUCAGAACACCACCUCCAUGCCAUGCAUAGAGGGAGCCACGGAGGGCGGAAAGUGCCCCUCGUCUCCCCCGUCCAUAGAAGGCCAGCUCGGCUUCUGAGGCACACAGGGAAGGCUCAGGGACUUGAGAGAACCACUGUGGAAGAACCAAAGCUUCCGCCUCUCCAAAGAAGGAGGAGUGUGCCCGUGUUGAGGGUGGCCCCCGCAACAGCCCCGCCAGCCCGGCCGCGCGGCAGUGGAGCCCCGGCGAGACCGAAGCAGAGACCAGGAGCCCCGAGCUCUCCCCGUGACAUGAUCCGAGAUGAGGGGUCCUCAGCCCGUUCCAGAGUGUUGCGCUUCCCCUCUGGGUCCAGCUCUCCCAACAUCCUCGCCAGCUUCGCAGGGAAGAACAGGGUGUGGGUCAUCUCGGCGCCGCACGCCUCGGAAGGCUACUACCGCCUGAUGAUGAGUCUCCUGAAGGACGAUGUGUACUGCGAGCUGGCCGAGAGGCACAUCCAGCAGAUCGUGCUGUUCCACCAGGCCGGCGAGGAAGGAGGCAAGGUGCGCAGGAUCACCAGCGAGGGCCGCGUCCUGGAGCAGCCCCUGGACCGCAACCUCGUCCCAAAGCUCAUGAGCUUCUUGAAGCUGGAGAAGGGCAAGUUCGGCAUGGUGCUGUUGAAGAAGACGCUGCAGGUGGAGGAGCGCUACCCGUAUCCGGUCAGGCUGGAGGCCCUGUAUGAGAUCAUCGACCAGGGCCCCAUCCGCCGGAUAGAGAAAAUCAGGCAGAAGGGUUUUGUCCAAAAAUGUAAGGCGUCUGGGGUAGAGGGCCAGGUGGUGGAGGAGGGGAACCAUGGUGGAGGAGCCGGAAGGCCAGGACUGAGCGGUGAGAAGAGAAAAGAAGACCAGAGGCGAGCACAAGUCCCGCCGACCAGAGAGACUCGGGGGAAGGUGCUCAGGAAGCCGGCCACCGCCACGGCCGCUGCUCCCCCCGCUCCUCCAACCCCAAGGGCCACCACCACCCUGUCUCCUGCUGCAGUGCCAACAGUGACCCGGGCCACCUCUCGGGUGGUCACCGCGGCUGCAAGACCGACAACCACCACGGCCUUUCCCACCACCCAGAGGCCCUGGACCCCCAGGGCGCACCCCUCCUCGGACGCCCACCGGCCCCCAGCAACUGCUGAGGUGGCCACGGCCAGGGAGCCCGGGGCCUCGGAGAAUCUCUACCCCCAGCCCAGGAAGGAGCAGCACAGGGAGAGGCUGCAGGCCACCAGGAGGCCCAGCAAGGCCACCAGCUUGGAGAGCUUCACGGCUGCCCCUCCCACCACCGCCUCGGAGCACAGCACGCGGGCGGGCGCGGGCCGUCUCCGGGACAACCGCACCGACCGGCGGGAGCACGGCCACCGGGACCCAAACGUGGUACCAGGUCCUCACAAGCCAGCGAAGGGGAAACCUCCCAAAAAGAAAGUCCAGGACAAAAUCCUUAGCAAUGAGUAUGAGAGUAAAUACGACCUCAGCAGGCCAACUGCCUCUCAGCUGGAGGACGAGUUGCAGGUGGGGAAUAUUCCCCCCCAGAAAGCAAAGGAAUCCAAAAAGCACGAAAAGCUGGAGAAACCUGAGAAGGAGAAGAAAAAAAAGGUGAAAAACGAGAAAACAGACAAGUUACUCAAGAGUGAAAAGCAAGUGAAGAAGGAUAAGGCUGAGAAAAAGAGCCGGCAGGAGAAAGAGAAGAGCAAGAAGAAAAAAGUAGGGAAAACAGAGCAGGAUGGCUACCUGAAACCCACCACAAAACACUUCGCUCAGAGUCCCAGGAAGUCCGUGACCGAUCUGCUGGGGUCCUUUGAAGGCAAACGACGACUUCUUCUGAUCACCGCUCCUAAGGUUGAGAACAACAUGUAUGUGCAACAGCGAGAUGAGUAUCUGGAAAGCUUCUGCAAGAUGGCCACCAGGAAAAUCUCCGUGAUCACCAUCUUUGGCCCUGUCAACAACAGCACCAUGAAAAUCGACCACUUCCAGCUAGAUAAUGAAAAACCCAUGCGAGUGGUGGAUGAUGAGGACCUGGUAGACCAGCAUCUCAUUGGUGAGCUGAGGAAAGAGUAUGGAAUGACCUAUAAUGACUUCUUCAUGGUGCUCACAGAUGUGGACCUGAGAGUCAAGCAAUACUACGAGGUACCCAUAGCAAUGAAGUCUGUGUUCGAUUUGAUCGAUACAUUCCAGUCCCGAAUCAAAGAUAUGGAAAAGCAGAAGAAGGAGGGCAUUGUUUGCAAGGAAGACAAGAAGCAGUCAUUGGAGAACUUCCUGUCCAGGUUCCGAUGGAGGAGGCGGUUGCUGGUGAUCUCUGCCCCUAAUGAUGAAGACUGGGCCUAUUCACAGCAGCUCUCGGCCCUCAGUGGCCAGGCCUGCAAUUUUGGUGAGUGGGAAGCUUCGUCAUCACCGUUUUCCCAUACCACUCUCUUCCUGGUCAAUUCUAAAAUGGAACAUAGAAGCUUAGAUCAUCCAAAUAUUCCUCAGUCCAGACUGGAGAUUCCCAGACACUUACUCAAUUGUGUUGAAUAUAAAGUUGCUUUCAGACUCAAGCUUUAGUCCACUGGAGUUUUU